AUGUUUGUUUUAGGUGAUAACAACACCAAGGAAAGAAUCUUAAACCAUCCACUGUCAGAAGAAGGAACAUUCCUGUUUCUAGCAACAAAGCUUAAUCAAGGUGACGUUGUGCGAACAUUGCUGUCUUGUGGUGCGGAUCCUGGAGUUCAGAACGACCGAAUGAUGAACGCUGUUGAUGCAGCCACCACUCCACAGAUGCGCCAGAUUUAUGUCGAAGAGUUAUUGCGAGCAACAGCAAAUUCAGAGGUUGGAAGAGUAUGCCAACUAAUUGCAGCUGGCAUAAGUAUUAAUGCCUGGGAUAGUGAAGAAAGCAAGAAUACACCCCUCCAUUGGGCAGCAUGUUAUGGCAAUCAAGAUAUCGUUGUGUGCUUACUUGAUCGCGGUGCAGAUGUGAAUGCCAUGAAUGCCUGUGGUGCUACCCCCCUACACGAUGCUGUGUUCCGUGGUGAUGUUGAUGUUGCUCGGGCCCUUUUGCAGAGUGGAGCAAACCCUCUUAUUCAAGCCCUUAAAGGGAAAUUUGGUGGAAAGACAGCCUUAGAUUUGGCGUCCCACAAUCCAAAGGUUUGGACAUUAGUGGAAAGCUUUACCAAUUACUCAAAUCACAACCACAACCACCAUGGUAGCAGUGGGGAUCGAGUAAGUCAUCAUAGUGACUCGUUGUCCACUGGUGGGGUGCCAGAUGCCGCAGAGCAUCGGCGUCGAGGACGGAGUACCUCGGUGGAGUCGUUUGCUAGUGGAGAUGCUCCAGAACCAGGCGUGACCUUUCAAGAGAGGAUCUCUGCCCACUCAGCUGUAGUCUUCUCUUCGCAAGCCUCAUCGCUGGACCUUAGUCCGAGAAUCGAUCAGGCAAUUGAAAGUUUGGUACGAGCUCACAUUCGUGCUCCGGUUCGCCCACUUGUGACCAGACCCGGGUUGCACUUGCUGUGGCCACAGCCUCUUCGCAUUGAAGAACUUGGUGGAGCUCCCUUCCUCCCUCGCAAACAACUGGAGAUUGCAGUUGUACCUAGUGACACCUCAAUCCACAGAGUGCUGGAUGUGUGGGAGGUGUCCCGGCCUGCAUUGCUGUCGUUGGGUUACGAUGUGAAGGUUAGCGAAGGUCCACCAGGUGGAACAGCCUCAGGUCGACCCGAACCCUGGCCAGCCCAUCAAGUAGAGUGCUGGGUAUCUGAGGGUCUGGCACCUAUGAGGGAUUCAUAUCAAAUGCACAUCAACUCGGAACGAGUGCAGAUCAGAGCAGACAGCCUGGCUGGAUUGCAUUAUGCAGUGUGCACUCUCACCCAGUUGCUCCGACUGAGCCCUGAACUUGUGCCUGUCCUUAUUGAGGACCAGCCUGCCCUUAGUCACCGCGGAAUCCUUCUGGACGUGUCACCCAGAGGACGUGAUUAUUUGUUCCACAUGAUUAAUCUCUGGUCCUCAAUGAAAAUGAAUUAUUUACACCUCUACACUCGGUUAUUGCCUGGACCUGACUAUCAGUUGUGUUUCUCUGGCCGGCAGAUGAUUACUUUGGAUCGGUACUGUCAAGAUCGCUUCAUGUCCCUGCUCCCAGUGUUGGAUGUUGAUGCAUCGGUUACUUUGGAUGACUUGGAUGAUAUGUGGCCUGCCUUUAGAGAAGUGGUGUCAACAUUUCCAAAUGCAAGCUGCGUGCACCUGGGCCCCGCGCUGGCCGGGCUGCUGCUGUCGCGGCCGGGCGACGACGCCGAGGAGGAGGAGGAGGAGGACGCCGCGGCGGCGAGCGCGCUGCCCCCGGCGGUGCCGCUGGCGGAGCUGUGGCAGCUGCUGGGGGCGGCGCCGGCCGCCACGCUGUUCGUGUGCAGCAACGGCCUCGGCCGCCGGCCCCCGCCGCCCGCGCUCCCGCCCAAGAUGGUGCUGGUGCAGUACGGCUUCCAGGCAGAUUACGACUUUCUGGAAUGGGCACAACAGUUUAGGAGACAUGGUGCUCUGACUUGUUUAUGUCCUGGAACAGCUAGUUGGAACAGUUUGGCAGGAUGUCCAGAAGCAGCUGUAUGUAAUGUGUACCUGGCUAUUCAAGCUGCUGUUGAGUUGAGAUCUUUGGGCAUAGUAGUUGCUCACUGGUCUGGUUCGUAUCACCUUACUCCGCAUCCAUUUAGUUGGCCUGGCUUCGUUGUAGCUGCUGGGCUUGCAUGGAAUCCAUCCACACAUUGGGACUACUUGCACAACACUCUGGCUGAUCUACUGAAUACGCACGUGUUCAUGGACCCCGGAGGAGUGACAGGGCGGGCAAUCAUGGACCUGGGGCAUGCAGAGACCUUCACAGUGCGCGCUGCGCGAGCCCAGGAACCUGGUGAUGUGCAGGACCUCCCGCCCCAGGAGGGCUCGACAUUGUACCAGUUGCUCUGUGAUCCCGAUGGAGUGGCCUUGGACCAUCUCACCAGCGAUGUUUUUGCAAGAGUAGCUAAACACAUCAAGAAGGUGCAGCACAGCUUAUUGCGAGCUGAUGUGACUGCACCUGGAAGUGAAAUGGUCCUGCAAGAGUUGCAACUAGCAGCUGAUCUCAUGUUGACAUCUGUCAGGAUUGGUCGCACUCUCAUUGCUGUGGGCACAAAUCCUAAUAGCAACAUGGGACUUGCCGUGAUCAAUUUAGGAGUUUGUAAUCUUCCACCAACUUUCCGUACUGAUAUUGCUAACAAUUACUGGCUCUCAUUGAAGCAGUAUAAAGGAACAUGCUUCCACGAAUCUCCCUUCAGGACUACAAGAUUCUUUGCUUGUCUUAACAGCUGCACUCCAUUCGCUUUGUUCCCAGAUGAAUUUCAGAACAUUAGGUCACCAGGAGAGCCACCAUUUGAUGUGGGCACCUCUACCUUCUGGACCACUGGCAGUGAAUAGAAGAGGUUAGUAUUUAAACUGUUUUCAUUUGUUUGUUUCAUGUUUGGUUAAAUUACAUUGCCCUGGACUUUAUCUCUUCAGUUAAUAUUUCACUUAUUAGUGACUGACAAAUAUAUUCAUAAUGGUUUUAUCUUUUGAUGUCAUUAUGUGAAUAUCAAUUGGUUCAGUGUUUAGUUGAGACGAUAAGAACAUAGUUUGUAAUUAUGACUUCUUGUAGAAUUGUAAAUAAUUUAUUUGCUUAUUUUUAUGGUAUGAUCAGAUUUGUAUCUGAAGUAUAUUUAUAAGUCAUUAAAAAAAUUGUGCCUGUAAUAGUGGCAAGGCAUUGGAUUUUUUAAUUCUUUUUCAUAUCUUUCUUCUUCUUAUAAUCCUCUUUUUCUUUUUUCUAGUAUUUAUUUCUUUUUAAAUAUUUAUAAUGUGCUUGUAUUUUACAUUUUUCCAAUUACAUAAUUACUUAAGUGUAAUUUUUAUGGAGAUGUAGUGGCUGUCAAAUAGGAAUUUGUGAAAAAUAAUAAACUGAAUGAAUGUUAAAUGCAGAAAUUUGUGUGUUUAAAGACAUUUGAUAACAAAGUGUGUUGUAAGUCUUUUGUUAAAGGUUAAAGGAAAGAGUAUCGCAUGUCUUGAAAUACAGUUAAUGAUCUUUCCAGGCAUAGCACUAGUGUUCAGUCUUGUGAAUUCAUUUUAGGAAUAGAUACUGUCAGGAUUUUCAAUUAGGGCAGGUAAUGUGUAAAGGUUUAAUAGUUAUAUGAUACUUUCUGCUUUUAGAAAACACUGGAUUGAAGCUCCUUGGAUAAUAUUUUACAUUAAAUUUUUUUUGUUUUGAAAAACUACAUUAAGUGAAAUCUGGUGUGUAAGAAUAUUUCCUAUUUGUCAUUUUGAAGUUUUGAUGUUUAACAUAUAAAAUAAAUUUCCUUAUUUGACAUGCCUUUUGAGAUGUGAAUUUUCAUUAAGUACUUUUUUUGUUUUACUUGUGAGAUCAGAACAAAGAAUUUCAUUUUAAUUGUUAAGCAGGGACACCUGUGUGUUAAAUUUUUAUGAACAACAAUCAUCUUCCCAACUUGUGGGAAUUCUUUGAUCUUUGCGCCUCAACUACAGUAUAGCCAAAAGAGAUGGGAAGGACAGAACACAUUAGGUGAUAUAGAGAGAAUAGGAAUGUAGUGGCAAGAAUUACCUCAAUAUUUACAACUAUAGUUUUCAUUAUAAUAUAAUCAUCAUCAUUGAGUUUGUUUCUUUUGCUUAAAGUCAGUCUUCCUCACCUUUUUCUUCUUCUUCAUCUUCUUCUUCUUCGUUAAGAUCUGCUUCCAAAAUUGAUCC